AUGUUUACUGGUACAAUACCAAUUCUAAGUAUGAUUUUAAUUAAUAUAUUGAUAUUGAAAGCUUUAAGACAAUUGCGUAUUCGUAUUCAACCAAUUAAUAACACUAGACAAAUAAGACAACGAGAUAUUCAAUUCAUGAAACUUAUGAUGGUUGAAGUAAUUGUUUUUAUAAUAUGUACAACUACACAUCUAUUAAUGCUUCUCUAUACAGAAAUAUCGAAUAGUAUUAUUUUAAAUAAAACUAAUGAACGAAAACCAAUUGAAACAUUUCUUAAUUUUAUUACAAUGUCAGUACUUUUAUAUAUGAAUUAUAAUACAAUGUUUUUUGUUCCUAGUUUUACAUCGAAAACAUAUCGAGUGGAAAUAAAAGAAUUUAUAUUAAAAAUAAUUAAAAAAUCGAGAGAAAUUACACAAAGUCAAGCCAAUUCAAUAUAA